CAAUGAAAAUACGUGCUUUUUACAAACUGACGCAUGUCAAGGAAGUUUUGAGGGUUUUUUUGGGGGUGAUAACAGCAAAGUCUGGGAUAUUCUUAAUAUUUUCUUCGAAAUUUACAGAAUACAUUUUUGGAAGCAAGCAAACAGUUCACUAUUUUGAAGUUUGCAUGUGAGUAAAGUUAGUUAUUUACAGAACAUUGUUGAACCCCUGACUGAGCCAACAUGGAUUCCUCUCCAGUACUGCGUCAGCAAUGUCAGAACACAAUCCUGAACGACCAUUCAAGUCUCAACAGAAUGACAGCAGACACAAAGCCAGGCUCUAAACACCCCUCUGUACCCCACCCUUCCAAACACCCCUCUGUACCCCACCCUUCCAAACACCCCUCUGUACCCCACCCUUCCAAACACCUCUCUGUACCCCACCAUUCCAAACACCCCUCUGUACCCCAUGGCCAUCCUUCCAAACUGGGGCCUGAGAACAAGGACCCAGCAGCAGCCUCAGACAACGGUCCUAAACUCACUAUAAAACCGCUGGGCAUCAGCAGGCUGCCAGUGCUGGCCAAGUCCCUGCCCCUUAAGACUCCCUCUGACUUCACACUGUCACACAAGAGAUGGGAGGACAACUCUCUAGCGGGUAAAGCCAAGAGGAUGAAACCAAGCACCAAGCCUGUGCCUUUCAACUUCUCUAAUCACAAGGCAAACCGAAUGGGGGCACAGAACCAGAGGGGACCGCUGGCUGCUACUGAAAGGGCUGGUGCUCAACCAACCCAACCUAAAAGUACUUUUAGCACUGCUGCCCAUCUAAAAACAAGACCCACAACAACCACUGCCAAACUGCCCAGUAGCAUCCCAGCAACUCAUAACAAGGCCCAAUCAAAGUCAACAGUAGAGCUUGCUGUUCAACUCCCAACACUACACUUGGCAGCUAGAAAAGCAGGCCCAGGGCCUGGCGGCAUCUUGUCACAGCAAAAUAGAGAGUCGGUGAAGCCUCAUCAAACCCAGGCUCCCAGUGCUGCCACCUCCAUGUCUUUGUCUCAACAUCCAAAAGGAAAGGCCCAGUCUUCUUCAGAUAAUCUAUUGCACGUACCUGGAUUGGGACAACUUUCCAGACCUCCCAGUUCAUUUGCUCUUGGCUCAGGUCUUUCGUCCAGUGCUUUCUCAUUUAGUAGUGCCUCCACUGCCUCAGCCCAGCCCACUGCCCUCAGUACGGAAGCCUGUGGGGGCCAUUUUGACAUGCUCAGCUUGAAAGAUCCUUCCAUGCCUGGGCAGUUACCAAGUAGUAGCGCUGGGAGUGUGGAGGCUACCUUCCACUCUGACCCCUCUGCCCUACGUAGUAUCCUCCAGAAUGAGGGAAUCAGUGCAGCCAGGGUCUUUAUGUCCAGCCGUCCCUCUACACAAGCCUAUAACAACAUGCCCCAGAGAGUGUCCAUCAUGAAGAAUGGUCCGAAGACAGCGCUCUCUGCUGGUCCCGUAAAGUCUGUUCAGUUCUCCCCUGAGCCUUCAUCCCUCAACAGCAUCCUGCAGGAUGAAGGGGUCAGCUACUCUCUCCAGCCCCAGAGAGUGUCUGUCAUGAAGAGUCACCAGAAGACAGCAGCCUCUGCAGGUCCAGUACGGAGUGUUCAGUUCUUCCCAGAUGCUGCAGCCCUCGGCAGCAUCCUGCAGAAUGAAGAGGUGAAGGCUGGGAGACCCCUGGGGGCCACACCCCAGCGCACCUCUGCCUGUCCAUCUGGCAGGGGCACCUACAUCUACACUGCACAGCGAGUACCUAUCACAAAGUGGCACACUGAAGCACCUGGAGAACCUAUGGUGACAUCAGUCAGCCUGACCCCUGCCUUAAAGUGGACACCCCAGCGGGUCCCUGACACAAGGCAUCAGCCCAUGUCCAUGAGGAGGCUCCUGUCUGCCCAUUGGACCCCCUACGCAGGCUCUCCCAGUCUCAGGGGCCUCCAGGGCCACAGCGGAGAUCUGGAGACAUGCAAGGAGGAGAUUGUCCAGACAUUGUUUAAGGAGACUGAAGAGGAAGAACGGACAGACGGUGUGGUGUUGGAUCAAGACCCUGCUGAGACGCGAGCAGACCAACAGCUGACGAAGGAGGAGAAGCAAAGUAACACAGGAGGACGACUCCAGACUUUCUACCAAGCCCCACACAGAGAAUCAGUCAUUUUCUUCUCAACUGCCAAGAAGCUGCACAGAGCAGCUCCAGCACACGAACAGGAGAGUCCUGUGGCCAGAUCUCUGGAGCGAGGUGGGCCCAUGGAGCAUUGUGCUGCAGCAGGACAGGAGGCGAUGCACCUCCUCCCUCUGCAUCCAGAGUUAGACAGAGCCUCUGCACCAGAGAUCCCUGAAGUCACAGCUGCAGCCACAGAUCUGACCAGGUUGACCAACCUUUCAGCUUUUGUCCCCCUGAGCCAGCCCAGAGAUAGUAUUAUGUUCCCAAAGAGCGGUGCUCUGAGUUCUGCUACAGCCUUGCUCCGCCGGCGCCUCCCCCCUCUGAAGGAGCUACGUCUGGAUGCGGAGGUGGCCACCUACACCUCCUCCCCAUUCCUACCUCCCUCGUCAUCUUGGCCCCUGCAGACCCGCUGUGGAAACCCUGUAGCAGCAGCCCUGCAUCUCCAGGACUACACUUUUUUUCAGCCAAUUAUCUUGGACCCCUCAUCUACUUCCUACUCCUCUCCUCUCUGGGAGAGAUGAUGACUGUUUCACUGUUGUUUUUUUUAGUCUGGUCUAGUUUACUGAUCAGAAGAGACCCAUAAUGGAUUGUUAAGCUACGUCUUUAAGGAGUGUGUAUGUUUGUUUUCCGAACCCUGUUAUAGCAAGAUUUGCUGUCACACUUACAAAAUAUCUAUUACUGCUCAAAGUAGCUACUUUUCCAAAAAAGUAACAUACCCAUGUUUAAUAAUGUAUCAAGUUAGAAACAUUUUUACCACAUUGGCAUGCACUGGCUAUAUAAUGCUAAUAAUAAUUUUUAUUUCUGACAGUAUUACAGUAUGCAAAAUAUCCAAGAAUGAGACAUUUUUACAUUUUGAUUGGAAUCAGAAACUAAGUGAAUGAAUUGGUGUCCAGAAAUCAAAUGUUGGUGGGUACCAAUGAUUGAAAUCUAUGAUUUCAGAGUAGGCUACUGAACCCAUUGGGAAUUGUUAACUUGAUCAAUGUUGCAAUAAAAUGUAUUUAUUACAUCUUUCAAAAAUACGAAAGUAAAAUUUUCUUUGACACUUUUUAGAAAAACAUAUACACACCGUAUGUGUGUUAUGUUUGCAUUUUUUCAUGCUGUGUGUGUGUGUGUGUGUGUGUGUGUGUGUAUAGUGACCUAGUUCAACACUAACCAAAUGAGGCCCAAAUCAGAUUUGCUCAUUUGUUUAUAAUAAAUGUAUAUGAACUUUC